AAAAUACAAUGAAUUACUUUGUUAUCUUAAUCUUGUGGUUGGCGGCGAGCGGUGGCGAAGCGCAAAUCUCCUGCUCGGAUGAGUGCGUCUGUUAUUUGGAUACAAAGGGCCGGAAUGUGGUGGAUUGUAAGGAAGGCGGAAUGGUGGGACCGUUGGUGCUCGCCAACGUCAGCACGAAAAUCGAAGUGUUAAAAAUCACCGCCCCCGAAGAUAACAUGAACGAGCUCACGAUGAAUCCGGUCAUCGGAAAUUUCAAGAACCUGGAGGAGAUUCACAUCAUCCGCUCGAACAUACCCAAUCUGGGAAUGCAUUUCUUCUAUGAACUGCACAAAUUGGAGGUGCUCGAUCUGUCGCAGAACAAUAUCACGCAACUGUUGCCACCGAAUUUCCUCGGACUGAAUAAACUGCACGAAUUAAAUUUGGAUGAUAAUCGUAUCAGUUCACUGCCCAGCGAGACGUUCAGGUACUUGAAAGAGCUUAAAGUGCUGUCGCUGCAGAAGAAUCGUAUCGAAGUCCUCAGUCAAGGCGUUUUUCGUUUGGUCGUCAAACUCAGGGUUCUCAAAUUGAAUGGUAACUACAUCCGGGACUUUCAUCCAGACGUUUUUAAAUAUGUCAAGGAUUUACGUGUGCUCGAGUGCCGCGGUUGCAUGUUGACGGUGUUGAAUCCGCUCGUUCACGAGCUGCUGCCGCAUUUGACGCAUUUGGAUAUCGGGGAGAAUCAAGUCACUUGGAUGGACGCAACAAGUUUCCGGGAUUUGCGGAAGUUGAAGGUGCUGAAGCUGGACAGCAAUCAAUUGAGUGUAAUACCUACUGGCGUCCUGUCAAAUCACACUGAUUUGAAGCGACUGCAUUUGGGAAGGAAUAGCAUCUCGAACGUGGAGGAAGGGGCGUUCAGGAAUCUGGUGAAUGUGAGUGAAUUGGAUUUGGGCUACAAUAAAUUGGAGCGAUUGGAGGGUGACGCGUUGCGAGACACGAGGAAGAGCUUGGAGCGGCUGGUCCUGAGUGGGAAUAAGUUGAGGGCGGAUGACAUUAAGGAGUUACUGGCCGAGAUGAGCGUUCUGAAGGAUCUGCAAAUGGCCGAGAUGGCGCUCGGGGCGCUAGAUGAAGGCGUAAUUCCCGAGACGGUUGCCGUUUUAAAUUUGGGCGGUAAUCAGUUGCCUUAUCUGGCUGCUUAUGUACUGCCGCGGGAUCUGAAGGAUUUAGACUUGUCUCGUAACGUGUUCAGGGGCUUACAGGACGACGUCGUGAAGAAAGUGGAGAACGUGCGCUGCAAACUGGAUAAUAACCCGUGGUCCUGCGAUUUGUGCCACAUAACCCAUAUGCUGGCGAGCGUAAACAGGAGCAGAGAUUUCUACAGCGUCAGGUGCUCCCUGCCGUAUCACCACAGGAAUAAAAUCCUGGGAACUUUGGAUCGCGACGAAUUGAGUUGGUGCAACGCACAGAGUUAUUCCUCCGAGGGUGCGAACUUGUACCUCAGUCGCGAUGAUGGCAGAUUAGGUAUAAUAGCUGCGGCUGCUUCGCUCCUGCUGCUCCUCCUGACGGCGUUGGCAGUCCUCGCUGCCGUUUUUUACACGCGUAGACACGCAGCCAGAUACUACACGCACGAGGAGCGUAGAUUAGAUGAGAAGGAGGCCAUUUUCGAGAACCAGAGCCCGCUCUUCGGGGAGGAGCUCAGCUUCAAAUUCCCGCUGGACCCGAUCGACAGGAAAAUAUCAAUCGCCACAAUAGACGAGAUUAAGAAGGAACAGCGCGCCGUCUCCAAUGGGACCUGAUAUCCCGGUUCCAACCAAGUCUACGCCCUUCUUAAAUAAUUUAUAGAUCUUCUCCUAACAUUUAUCAAACGACAAUUUACACCCCUUUUUGAUAGAAAACAACCAAUAUAUACAUUAUCUCUCUCUCUACAAAUAUACACAUACAGAGAGGAGAACCAUUCCAAUCGAAACACUGCCGCUGCCAAUGCAAUCGUCAAUUAAUUAUGCAUCCAUUAGAUUAACCCGGCUUUAAAAGUGCUACGCUGUACGUGAACUGGUGAUUCAUUAAAAACACUAAUAGAUGUCACUUAAUACAUGUCAGGCUUACAUUUAGCAGCGAACACGCUGCACGUUAUAAUUCGUUUAAAAAUUGUUUAAAACAACUUUCGGUGCCAUUUCUGUUAGAAACUGUUAAUAAUGCGGGACGUUAUUUGGUAAGUGUUGUUGUUUACUUUUUUUUAUAUAUAUAUAUUUCUUUCAAAUUUUAUUACGAAAACGAAUCGAAACGACAACAAAAUUGAAACAACAAAAGCGGGUUUGAGUGAACUAAAUCGUGGUUUAGUUCACACCGAUCCAAAUCCAAAUUUCCAACAAACUGCAAUUGAUUGUGGAAGUCGCACGGACGGACUGACCGGUUGGCUGUAAAUAAAACGAAAACAGCAGCGACACACACAUUUAAUAUUAAUUAAGUUUAAAAUUAAAUUAGUCUGUGCGCGCGCGUUUGUAUUUGCGGACAGCACACAAAACCAGUCGCCAGAUUGUAUUUUGCACUCGUUACGCAACAAUUUUAUAAUUAAUUCUGUGCCAACGAAUUCCAUUCGAAGUUCACUCCAAAUUUUAAUAACAUAACAUA